AUGUCUCUCUACCACGAGGCCGCCCAAGUCUUGUCUGCCCCGUCCGCAGAGGGCGGAAGCCUGAAGUCGCGCAUCUUUGGCCGAAAGGACAUCAAGUCGCACCCCAACCAGCUCUACGCCCUGGUCCUGGAGACGAGCAAAUGGAGUCCCGUCGUCAAGGAGGUCAUUGAGGCCACCGAGCUGCUCAAGCACGAGCGCAAGCUUACCCCCGUCCUGUCGUUGCUGCUGGUCCACGACUUGCUUCUCACAAAGGGAGGCAUCGCUCUGCCCCAGAGUCAUGGCCUGAGGACGAGCGUCGAGAGGCACAAGGGCCGCCUCAAGUCGGAGCUUACCCGCGCCAGGCUGAGGCGCAAGGCAGUCUCGCUCGAAGCCUUGAGGGAGCAGGUUGAGAGGGAUGCGGCCGGCGAGGAGGCCGGCUACCCGCGCUGGGUGCGCAUCAACGCACUCCACAGCAGCAUUGAGGAACAGCUCGUGUCAACCUUCUCCGGCUAUGCCAGGGCCGGACGCAUCGGCGACGUCGUCUCCAAGCCUGGCAGGCAUCUCUAUAUCGAUCCUCACGUCCCCAACCUCGUCGCCGUCACGCCAGGCAUUGACAUGAGCAAGACGGAUGCCUACGCCUCGGGCAAGAUUAUCCUCCAGGACAAGGCGUCAUGCUUUCCGGCCUAUCUACUGGACCCUCGCUCCGAGGACGGCGACGUGGUGGAUGCCUGCGCGGCCCCGGGCAACAAGACAACCCACCUGGCCUCCAUCCUGCACCAACACAGCCCAGAGUUUGCGUCCAAGCCGCAGACAAUUUUCGCUUUUGAGAAAGACACCAGGAGGGCGCAGACUCUGGAGAAGAUGGUGCGGAUAGCGGGGUCCAAGUCGAUGACGCGCAUCGGCUUUGGGCAAGAUUUCUUGCAGGUCGACCCGCGCGAUGGCAAGUUCAAGGACGUGGGGGCCUUGCUCCUCGACCCGAGUUGCUCCGGGAGCGGCAUCAUCGGCCGGGACUCGAUGCCCGAGCUUCACAGAAAAUUGAGCCAAGUCCAAGACGAGACGGAAAAGCUGGUGCGGGACGACGACGGCAACGAGACGGUCAUCAAGACUGAAAAGGACCUCGCUGCACGGCUGGAGGCGCUGUCGAGCUUCCAGCUGACGCUGCUGCUGCACGCGUUCCAAUUCCCCGCGGCGAAAAAGGUUACGUACUCGACGUGCUCUGUCUAUUCCGAGGAGAACGAAGCCGUCGUCAUGGCAGCGCUGCAGUCAGACGUGGCGCGGAAGCGAGGCUGGCGCAUCCUGCCGAGGGACAGACAGGUGAGCGGGAUGAAAGAAUGGCCGGUGCGGGGGUUGGCGGAGGCUUGCAAAGGCGACGCAACUGUGGCUGAUGGGUGCAUCCGGUCGCAAAAGGACGACGGGCGGGGGGUCAUGGGCUUCUUUGUGGCAGGGUUCACCCGGGACGGCGCCGAAGAUUCGGGUGCGACUGCGGCGGCCGGCGCCGAAGAGGACCCAUAUUUACGGGACGAAAAUGGGCGGAUCGUGCGAGAUGUGCUGGGGAUGCCGGCGCUCAACUCUACCGGAGAGCCGGUUCGACUCGUACCGCGGGAGGACAGGGAGGAGGGCGGGAGGAGCAGCGGCAGUGGCGACGAGGACGAAAAGAAGGACGACGAGUGGGAUGGCUUCGGCGACUGA